AUGGUGUCUGCUCGCUUCAAGGCACGAGAACGUCGCGGUCGGGCGGAGUUGCAGUUGGAAGAAAUGAAGAGCUCCCAAAACGCUCCUCUUUUCGGAGAUGACGACAGGAACCUAUCCAAAAAAUCCGAAGUCAGGCACCCCGUGGUGUCAUUCUUGCAUCUGUUCUUCCGAACCAGUGCCAUCUUUGUCUACUUAUUGUACGACUACUUCAGCGAUCACUUCAUCGCUUGCAUGGUCACCAUCAUACUCCUCCUGUCAUGUGACUUCUGGACAGUCAAGAAUGUGUCAGGGAGAUUGAUGGUGGGCCUUCGGUGGUGGAAUCGGGUCGACGAGGACGGAACGAGCCAUUGGGUGUUCGAGGCAAGGAAGAGCGACAGUGUGAAUCCGACGACCAGCGCCGAGUCGAAGAUCUUCUGGCUCGGCCUCAUCGUCUUUCCGAUUCUUUGGGCCGUCUUUGUUUUCAGCAUUAUCUUAACGUUUCAAAUUAAAUGGCUGGCAGUUGGAAUAAUGGGCCUUGUGUUACAAGGAGCCAACCUGUACGGUUAUGUUCGAUGCAAGAUGAGAGGCAAGUCAAGCUUCAGCAACGUGGCCAAGAGCUACUUCGGCGCACAACUUCUUAAACAGGAGUGCAAGGAAUAA